CGGAGUACUACGACACUAUACGCAUCGUUGCCUCCAUACCAGCCACAGUUGUCUUUACUUCCUACGAUAUACUCUGUACUGCGGCUUCCUUUUCCACAAAAAACCGACAUUGGUCCAUUACUAAGGACUCAAGAUGUCUAUCAAUUGGGUUAUGCUAAAUGACCAAGAUGGUUUCGUCCAUCUUCCAAAUGAGCAGCUGCUUUACAAGUCGCCUCCACGGAUCGGCUUCUUGUUACAACCACUCGGUUCAUAUAAGGGCAGCGACUCGAUAUCUCUCCAAAGUAGCGGGGGCCAUAUUCAUCUUACCAAUCAGCGGGUUGUCUAUCUCCCUAGCCAGGGCACUAAAGAUUUUCAAUCCUUUUCUGUUCCGCUUUUAAAUAUCCGUGACUCUCAUGUUUCUGCUCCUUUCUUCGGACCAAAUGUCUGGCAGGCUCUUGUCCAGCCGGUCUCUGGUGGCGGGAUCCCGCCGUCGCUGCCUGCCGUGCAGGUAAAAGCUACUUUCAAAGAAGGCGGAGCGUUUGAUUUUCAGAAUCAGUUUGAACGUAUUAAAGAGCGCUUACAGCAGGCUAUGGAGUUUUCUCCGGAAAGUACUCGAGGGGAGGUCAAUAUGUCUGGUGUCCAUUUAGACGAGUUACCAGCCUACGACGGACCGCAAGACGGGGGCAGCGCCGGUCAUAACCACGAGAACUCAUCAUCUACACCGCAUAAUAGCCAUGCUCCUCCAUACUCUGGCCCUGAACACUCUAGCCCUGAACCCGCGGAACCGCCGCCGGGAUACGAGGAAGUGCAGCAACAAAGUGUCGCGAAUGAGUUGGAGGAGAGGCUGCGUCGUGCUAGCUAGCCGGGAUAUCUAUUAAGAGGACAGUCUUGGAAGAUUUCUCCGAUAGCUUUUAUACCUACGAGAUUGGUGUUCUGCUAUUUGCUUUCUAAUAGAACCUAACGAUUGCCCCUCACGUGUACAUGUACUUAAUGACCGAUAUGGUAGCUAAAACAGCAUUAAUGGCGCUGGUGCAACACUCUACAGCCUUUAACUAUUCCCCCAUAACCACA